UAUUGUAUCCCUCCUGCCUGCAGUUCAAAAUUGUGAUUGGAGAGUGCAGCCCCUGGACAACCCCAGGGUUAGACUGUGAGCCUCGUUAGCGUUGUGUUGGAGAGUAACACAGUAUAAAUACAUUACAGUAAUAAUUCAGAAUGCUUCCCUUAUCAUUGCUUAAGACAGCCCAGAACCACCCCAUGCUGGUGGAGUUGAAGAAUGGGGAGACGUACAACGGGCACCUGGUGAGCUGUGAUAACUGGAUGAACAUUAACCUGCGGGAGGUCAUCUGCACAUCCAGGGAUGGUGAUAAGUUCUGGAGGAUGCCAGAGUGUUACAUACGAGGCAGCACCAUCAAGUACCUGCGGAUCCCGGAUGAGAUCAUCGACAUGGUGAAAGAGGAGGUGGUGUCAAAGGGCAGGGGUCGCGGUGGCAUGCAGCAGAACAAGCAGCAGCUGCAGCAGAAGGGCCGCGGGGCUGGAGGUGCAGGCAGAGGUGUGUUCGGUGGGCGUGGCCGAGGCAUGGUAGGUGCAGGUGCAGGUGGCCGAGGGCAACAGGAGAAGAAACCUGGCAAGCCUCCAGGAGGAAAGAGCCAGCACUGAGAGGCCCAGCCCGUCCGCUGGUGUGUGCUGGAGCUCCCCACAGCUCUGUGAAGCACGCUACCUGACUGUGUUGUACUUCAUGUCAAAGCUACAUCCUAGUUCUACUGAGCGGAAAUUCAUUUUUGUUUCAUCAAUAGCCCUGCAGGUUAGAAUAUGUUAACUACUGUAUUUUUCUGUUUUUUGGGGGAGGCAGGGGGAGUGAAGUAAAGUCUAAUUUAGGGGUUGGAAACCUGGCAACAUUUUUAAUAAAGGCAUACAUCAGCAUAACAUUCUCAUUGUGCCUUUUAGUGUUCUAGGGGUCAUAUCCAUGAAGCUGAGCCCUUUCUUCUACAGCACUUACAAGUGCACUUGUGUGGCAGGUAAUAAGACCCCAUAUGCUACCCAUAGGCAGCUAUGUGGAGGUCUGGAAGUGGGGUUAUAUUACCUGAACUACAGGAAGGAAGUCAAAGGGACGGAGCACAAUGGUGAUAAUAAGCGUAAUGACUUUAACAGGAGUUCACCAGGCAAAGUAGUCAUUAAAUACAGUUUUCACCAAACAGAUCUGCUUGAUUUGUUGUUGGUAUUCCAUUGAUUUGCAAUAGUUUUCAUUCAUAAUAUUUAUUUUAGCUAUACUGUACAUAUACACACAUUGCAAUUAAAAACAUAAAGUGAUAUGAAGUGGGGGUGGAAAUAAUUUGCACCACAAAUGCAUGCACGUGAUAUUAAUUGGAGUGUGACAGUAACCGAAGUGAUGUUAUCUGGAGCUCGUCCCAUUGACUCCCAUUCUAUUCAGAUCAGGACAUUUCAGUGUGGUGAAUAAGCGGAGAGUGAUAUUAAACAGCUUUGACUGCAUUCAUUGAACUUGGUGUUGCGGUAGGUCUGGAACACAGUAAGGGAGAAUGUUAUGCUAAUGGAAAGAGACUUCACUACAGCCUUGGGUCUUGUUCUAAUGAAUGUAUUCUUUCCUGGGGGCCACUUGAUGCUUGCAGUAAUGGACGGGCCAGUGCUCCAGUUCCAGGUCAGUUUUCACCAACAGAUAGAUUUGUACUGUAUCAGGUGUGUUUGUGUCUUCUCGUCUUGCCUGAAGUUACACUGUGAGUUGUUUGCGUAGUGCGAACUUGUUCAAAUAAGUAAUCUUUAUAUUAUUAUUUUUAAAUCUUAUCUUUAGGCCCUAAAUUUAAACUAAUACACCCUAUUAUGGAGGGAAAUGCAAGUUUAUAUAACAUCUAGAGAAGUCUGUUUCAUAUUGGUGCAUCUUUAAGAAAGGUGUUGAAUUGGUUCUAAAAAUGAUUAUUUGUUUUGUUUUUACUUUUAAGGAAGUAGCCAUCCUUGUAUGUUUUAUAGAAUGAUAAAGGCGUGCUAAGCAAGGUUUGUAUAAAUUGCAUUCAUUUUAAGCCUUGCUUGGCAUGCCUUUUGUUGCCUUUGGGCAGACUUAAGACUAUUGAUUAUGACACCACAUUAAAGCAGUGUAACCAAGGGUUAAAACACCAUUGUAUUGCUUUUACUUAACUUUUGUAACAUAACUGCUCCCCGGUUUAUUGAGGUGAGAAUCUUCGAUGUAUUUUUUUUUUUUUUAAGUUCAUGCAGUGGAUUUCAAAUAGAGCACUAUAAUAUAAAUGAACCCCAGAGUCCUGAUCUGGUAGCCACUAGAUCAUUAGUGACUUUGAAGAGGGCAGUUUGAACUACAACACAUGAAGUGAUUCGGUACCACGAAGUGACAGCAAUGUCCUCUGUAGCGUUGUCUUUGCAUCAUCUAAAAUAAAAAAGCAAAAAAACCCUAAGAUCGUCAACAGAAUUGAAGGGGGUCAGUGAUAUUAUUGCUAGAGCUUAUGAAAGGUUUAAAUUGAAAACUCCCAGUCCUGUUUUUAUAAGUCCCUUACUUUAUGGAUUGACAGAAGUAAUGAAGCUUUCCCAUUUCAAAAAGUAAGCUAUAAAAUACCCGGACAAAACCCAAUUUUUCAGUAAAUGCCUUCAUCAUUAAUAAAGGUGAUUAAACUAGGGGCGUUAGCCUUGCUGUUUUACAUAGUAGUCCUUUUUUUAUAUUCAACGUUUCUGCCCAAUCCUUUCCAUAUACAAUGAAAUGCUGUAUGCAUACACAGAUGCAUGCUGCAGUGCUGUAUAAAAUAGUGGUGGAGAACUUCUGUCUGGUUACAAACAUUCUCAAUAUGCUAAAACCUAAACAUGUUAAAAGCUGCAGUUGAGGAAAUCAAAUGGAAAUGAACAGCCCUAGUUUAGACCUUGUGUUUGUUGGCUGUUUGCUCCUGUGGUUCUGAUCGUGUGGAUGGUGAGGAUUCAGUCUGAACAUGCCAGCUUGGGAAACUGCUUCAGGAUAGGCAGAUAUAUAUAAAAUGGUUUCUGUUGGAACCAGUGCAUGUUUACACCUAUAUCUCUGUGUAAGUUCACUCCCAUGAGCUGACAUAUGACUCACAUAUUCUGUGCACUUAGCUGGAGUAAAUAGGAAGAUAUUCACAUAAUAAAAUCCAGCAGUAGGGAGGGUGUGGCUGUGUAAUUAGUUUUGUGUGUGUUGCAGUAUAAAGAGCGUGCUUGUUUAAAUAACCCCCCCUCUUUUUGUAUUUCCAACUUUGUUUAGUUACCAAAUAGGAGUUUUGAUUUAUUUGUGAAAUGUGUUUGAUUUACAGACUUUGAUGGCCUGAUUUGGCAAAUGAAAGUACUACAAUAUUUGAUUUAUUAUACAGUAGUUCUUAUAAAUACGUUUUCAAGGAUUUUUGUUUUUUAAUUUAAUAAAAAUAUAUAAAAAUGA